GUAUUCCAGAAAUGCUGCAGUCAUGUGAUGUAUGUAAAGGUAACUUAUAUAAAGUAGAGUCAAUGAGUUUAUGAUUCUGUAAACUGUUGUGGCAGUGAGAUACAAGGAUUAAGGUGUAAAUCUGGAAAACGUCACUAGAGUCAACGAGCUAGCAAUCCUUAAUGAAUAACAAUACUCUGGUCGCCGACAUGGUCACUACAAAGGGACUAGAAGGAGACGAUGCCAGGGACGACGAGAGUGAAGAUGGAGAGAGGGAACCACGUGACAUCUUCUGUCAGAUGGGAAUCUUACGCCAUUACGACGAGGAACUUGUCUGGAAAGAAAUCCGGAGGUGGGUAAAGUUUGAGGAGGUUCUAGAAGAGAAAGGUAAGCGAUGGUCAAAGCCACACGUAUCCUCCCUCUACAUGCAGAGCCUCACCGAACUCCAGUUACUCCUAGCGUCAAAUCCAAUUUUUCUCGAUCUGGAUGCAAACAACAUGUUCGAUCUAACUGAAACCUUAGUAGCACAGUGGACGAAAGACGGUUACCUGGAAUCUAUUCUGACGAAUCACGUGCGCGCACUCCUUUUGAAACGUCAUAAACACCAUCACGUGCAUCUGAAACACAUGACACGUAACACCCAGAGUAAGCUACAUCUUAUCCUGUACGGUAGCGGUAGCGAGGAUGACAGUGCCCCGUCAACACCUGACCUCAGAGGCUUAGAUAACGAAGGCAUGAGGUCCAGUCUGCCAGACCUUACACAAGUUGACGAUACCCUUCCGACGAAUGAGAAUUCCAUGUCUUGUCCUGACCAUCUGUACCAGCAAGUCAAUACACCGAAAAUCAACCAUCUUCACCAUCACCACGCUCACCUCAUGCACCACCACGGUCACGGACCGCCCAACAGAAAAUUCCUUCGGAAGAUCCCAGUCGGAGCAGAAGUAUUGAACAUCCUGGUUGGCGAGGUCGAUGCGCUUGAUACGAGACUAGCGGCAUUUGUACGAUUAAAGAAUGCAAAGGACUUUGGCCACAUAACAGAGGUGGCUCUACCUACCCGUUUCUUGUUCAUUAUGCUUGUACCCAAAAACGCCUUUGAAUCAUCCUCGGAAAUCGGUCGCUGUAUGGGAACUUUGAUGACUGAUCCGUUCUUCCGUGAGACGGCGUACAUGUGUGAUGACCGUGUGGACAUUAUGACAGCUGUCCAGGAAUUUGCCAGCCAGGUGACGGUGCUGCCACCUGGGUCCUGGGAUCCGAAAACCCGUAUAGAGCCUCCUGAUAUUAUACCCUCCAAGGAAUCUCGGAAAAAGGAAGUGGUUCCUAUCGACAUGCCCGACCAGCCAGAAGAGGCUCAUCAUGAUGACGGGCUGGAUCGUACAGGAAGACUUUUUGGAGGCCUUAUCAAUGACAUCAAGCGAAAGAUAAAGUGGUACAAGAGUGAUUUCACAGAUGCCUUGCAUCUCCAGUGUGUUGCAUCUUUCUUCUACUUGUUCCUAGCUACGUUGACACCAAAUGUUACGUUCGGGGGUCUUCUCGGUGAAGCCACUCACCAGUACAUGGGAACAAUGGAGUGCAUUCUAGCCGCGGCAGUCAGUGGAGUGUCAUUUGCCUUAUUCUCGGGCCAGCCCCUAAACAUACUGGGCAGUACGGGACCAAUGCUGAUUCUCGAAAUGAUUCUCUACAAUCUCUGCAGUGAUAACGGAUGGGAUUUCAUGCCAGCUCGUGUGUGGGUAGGGGUUUGGACUGCAUUUUUCUUGCUCAUCAUUGUGGCCUUUGACCUCAGUUCAUUGGUCCAGUACAUCACUCGUUUUACAGAGGAUAGUUUUGCCUGUCUCGUCGCUCUCAUCUUCAUCUAUGAGGCAGUCGCCAAGCUCCUCGAAAUACGUGAGGAUGACCCAAUAGAACUCCAUCCCCUGCCAAGAGUUGACACCGGAUGUGUCUGCUUCUUUGGAAACGUUACUACCGAUUCUUCUUCCGUUAUUCCGAGAAGUGACGCUCUUGCAAACCUCACGACCUCUGUUAAAUCCAUUGCUUCACACACUGUUUCUGGGGCUGCUGCUGCUUUUGUUAAUUCAAGCAACUCUACUGUUCAUCCACUGGUUGAAAACGCCACUACCUGGAUGGAACACUGUACAUUACAGGGUGGUAUCAUCCAGGGUAGCGGAUGUGACGUCACUAAAUAUGUACCAGAUGUCUUCCUCUUCUCCCUGAUGUUAUUUCUUGGGACUACCUGUCUGGCUUUCUGCUUUGUUAAAUUUAGGGACAGUCUCUUCUGCCCAACGGUUGUGAGGCAAACUGUCAGUGACUUCAGUGUUUUACUCGCAAUAGUUAUCAUGGUCGGUUUGGACUUUGGCUUAGGACUACCAACACCCAAACUGACCGUUCCUACGGAGUUUAAGCCUACACGAGAGGGGCGUGGCUGGUUCAUCAACCCCAUUAGCGAUACAAACCCCUGGUGGCUGAUGCUGGCCUCUGCUCUCCCCGCCAUUCUCGCCACCAUUCUUGUGUUCAUGGACCAACAAAUUACCUCUGUCAUCGUGAACCGGACCCAGCAUAAACUAAAGAAAGGGGCAGGAUACCACUUGGAUCUUCUCGUAGUCGCGGUCCUCAUAGUGAUUCUGUCAUUGCUGGGCUUGCCUUGGUAUGUCGCCGCUACCGUCACAGCCAUUGCGCAUGUCAUGAGUUUAAAGAAAACAUCCGAAUGCACGGCACCGGGAGAGAAACCCACUUUCCUAGGAGUCAGAGAGCAGAGAGUGACUAGCCUACUCGUCGGCAUUUUCAGCGGUUUAGCCGUUCUCAUAACAUCUAUACUAAAGUAUAUCCCGAUGCCAGUUCUGUAUGGGGUAUUCUUCUACAUGGGGGUGUCAGCUCUUAACGGAAUGCAGCUGGUGGAGAGGAUCAUGAUUGUUUUUAUGCCGCAAAAGUACCAGCCGGAUUACAAAUAUCUUCGUUAUGUACCUCUUCCAAGAGUCCAUCUGUUUACAUUUAUCCAAGUUGUCUGUCUGGCUGUACUCUGGAUUGUUAAAAGUGUGAAAUCCAUUGCCAUUUCAUUUCCAAUCAUGGUUGUAGCGAUAUGUUUCGUCAGAAAGGCGUUGGAAUACGUGUUUGAUCAAUAUGAGUUACAAUGGCUAGACUCUUUACUCCCGGAAAUGUGCAAGUCCGCCAAGAUUACUGCCGAAGAAGCAACGCCAACCGUCAUAGCCACAAGGAUCAAAUUCGCAAGGUCUCUGUCAGUUCCGGCAUCCACACCUACCACCGGAAGUACUGCCGUUGACAUGAAACCAGACGGACACCAGCAUUCAUGUGCCAGCCGGAAAAUCUCGACAGGCUCUUCACAAGCAAGCACAGUUUACGGACAUCAUGUUUGCCGGAGAAAAAUAUCAAUACUUUCACUUCCUGUGAACCCUACUUUCGUUUUAGAUCACGGGGAACUCCAGCGUGUUAGGGAGGACAGAAGUGUGAACUUUAGUUUGGACAAUCUGAACGAAACAUAACCUGCAUGUAUUUUUUGUAUUUUUUUUUUUGUAAAAAAUGUGUAUAUAUAUCAAACAUUGAUUUCAGAGUGCUUUUCCCAAUGACAUUUUAUGAUUUGUUUUGUACGUUGUAUAUAUAUGAAAUACAAAUAUCGCUGUGUGUUAUAAAGUGCUUUGUGACGUCAACAAGAAUUCUUCAAAGUAUGUCACAACGUGAAAAACUACAGCGGAGUUCGAACUUUCUGUUGAGUGUUCAUGAUAUCAUUGCAACUGUUUUCAAGUGCCAUAUUGAUGAUUUGGUAUUCAUUAUAUUUCGAUGCCAUUUUGAGCAGUGACGUGACAAUGGCUCUUCUACGAGACUUCUAAAACGUCGUCGUCAUAACGCUUGAGCUUCGUACGAACACAGCACCAAGAACCAAAACUCGAAUAUACUUGUUAUAUAUAGAGUUAAUGAUGGUGUAAAUAAGUAUAAUUUGCAAUGGAAAAAAACCGAGCCGAAACCGGCAUAUGAGAAUAUGGGUUAAUGAUCAUAAACAUUAACCGUGCCACGGGAUAUCCCCACGCAUUUGAAACAAGACAUGUUAAUAUACCAAAAGUAGAGCCAACAUGAAUAUAAUUUACAAGAUAUCGGUAAACCGUUAAGUAAAACGUUGUACCAGUUAAAAUAUAUAUGGUUUUCUGAAAGUGUAUUACAGGCACAAUGACAAUUUAUGAGUGUUACAUUCAUAUUACAUCAUGUACAUGGAUCAGAUUUAUUACUGAUUUUCGAAUAUAAUCUAAACAGCAUUCACCUGACAUGUUUCAAAUGUCGAUCGUGUGCAGAUUUCAUGUUAUCGUCACAAGGGAAUUUAAUGCAUGUCCAAACAUCGCAAAAUGUUUCUGCUGUCUCAGCUAUGGUUUCGGUAACACAGAUCCUUAGUAGAAAUGUCUCCUGGACUGUAUGUGACCCUCAUAUACCCAGAAUACCGUGUGGUAAGGUGUUCAGAACAAUGUCGGCUAUUCAAAUGUAUUUAUAUAUGUCCAACAGUAUGUAUCAAGGUUUUACUAUGGUCACGUGCUUGUGUCUCCUCUCCAUCAGUCCUCAUUAUCAUUCAUAUUCAUUUCUUAUCUUAUGUCCGUAUUACAUGACAAAGCGUGCACUUGUGUGUUCCUUAUUAUUUUAGUAAUCCUCUGUAAUGUUUAAAUUUCUUUUUAGUGCACGAGAGCGUGAAUGCAAGGAGUGUGCGUGUGCUUGAAUGUAUGCGAGUGAGUGUGGAGGUGGGCGUUACGUUCUUUCUGUAAAUAGUUCCACUCACCGUUGUAUAUAAUGUAUGUAAUAAAGGCAUGUGAUGGGCCAUUCAGUUAUAGUCAGUGCGGUGGAAACGAAUUUUCGAGAAAGGAUGGAAUGAAACUAUGAAAGCCAUCUUAUGAAUCUUAUAAGGAAAAGGGGGUUACUAAUGUUCAUGUAACUUGUGCCCAAUCCUUUUGCAUUUUUUGGCAAUAAAAUAUGUUUAAACUAAUGUCGGUUACCGAAAAAUGCAUAUGAAUUUCCAUUAAUUGUUGAUUUAAUAAACCAUGAUUUUGUUUA